GCUUCCUGCUGCGUUUUCUUGCAGCUUCCGAGCAACUCGAUGCGGAAGACAAACACGAAGCUCUGAAUCCUUCACAAACUUCACUGGGGCGACUCAAGUCUACAAGGAUUUUGUCUGAGACCUGAAAUCUUUUUGCUGAUCAGGUCAAUAUAUAUAUAUAUAUAUAUAUAUAUACAUAUAUACACAACCAUGUGGCCAAAUCAAGGUCCUCCUCCACCAGUGGGCCCACCCAACCCUGCCUACCCUCCUGGCUACAAUCCAGCAUAUCCUGCUGCCCCUCCACCAGGAGCCUUCCCCCAGCCUCCGCACCCAGGAUACCCAGCUGGUCAAUUCCCCACCGGUAUGAACCCGGCCAUGGGACCACAUGUACCUCCAGGAGCGAUGCCUUAUGGGACUCCUGGUCUUCAUCCUUAUCCUAUGGCUCCAGGCGGUUGUCCAGUGGUCCCUCCUGGAGGUGUUUACCCAGGUCCAUACCCACACUCUCCAAAAGGGGGUAAACAUAAAGGCCAUCACAAAGGUCAUCAUCAUGGAGGGGUAAAUCCCAUCACUGGAGCUUUAGCUGGAGGAGUGGCAGGGAUGGGAGUGGGGAUGCUUGGACACAAAAGCCACAAAAAGUUGAAAAAGAAGAUGAAGAAAGCACAUAAGGGGCACAAGCAUGGGCACCACAAACAUGGCAAGUCCUCCAGCAGCAGCAGUAGCAGCAGCAGCAGCAGCAGCGACUCAGACUGAGGCCACAAGUUCAACAUACACAGAAACGCUGCUUUCCAGACUUGCAACAUUACCAUUAACUACUAACGCACAAAAGUAAUUUCCUUUCACUUUUAAUAUGAUUUCUGCUGAAUUACAGUAUUUAUCAUAUCUUGCAUGAUCUCUAUGACACUAUCUUUACACAGGCUGUUGCUGUGAACAUCACCACAACAUUAAUCUGUAUUGGCAUCCCAGCAUUACUUAAAAUGGAUCUAUUUUUUGGGAGUUGGUGGUUUUAUCAGAUAUUCUGCAGUUAGGGUUUCUCUAUUAUUAUUAAUUGUCUUUAAUAGUAGGAUACAUGCAAUUUAAAGAGAGACUGCAGCCUUACAUGGAUGUACAACUACUGUGUCUUGUGAACUAAUAAAACAAUAUACUGUAUAUAAAAUGUUUUGCUUUUUAUAGAGGAAUUAACCUAAAAGUGGAGAAUGAAAGGGAAAUGAGUGUUCAUACUUUGCCUUAAAGAUGAUUUUUGUCUAAUUUGAUCACUACUGUACAUGACUGCAAAUAAAAAAAAACACUAUUCUGCAUUCCUUUGUAUCUGGAUUAAAUGCAAUUUUAUGUAAACUGUUCACUUAAUCCUUUUCAAUAAAUGGAUCUAAACUAGAA